GCAGACCAGAUCGACGAGGGCGAGAGGUCUUGGCAUGCCCCAGGCAUGGUGAUGUCCAAAGCGCCAGGGAAGUCCAGGGCGGCGGACAAGCCGCUCACAGUGAGCCUGAUUGCAGCACUUUCUCAGCUUUCGGGCGACGGCCUGGAAUCGGGCUGCGCCGCGUCUCGGGCGAGGCCCGAG